AUGGAAGCUGUGAUUGUAGCUCCGCUUCUAGAGCUGCUGUUUGGAAGGCUAACUUCCUCUGUUGCUGGUGAAGUGCGAACUCGCCGAGAUUUCAAGAAGGAGAUGGAGACGCUGCGGAACAUGUUACCAGUGAUUCAAGGCGUGAUAGAAGAUGCAGAGGAGCAGCAGAUGAAAGAUAAGAAGGUGAGAGGUUGGCUGGUGAAGCUCAAAGAAGUGGCCUACGAUGCAGACGACCUGUUGGAUGAGAUUUCCACCCUCCCUCUGCGUAGACAGUUAAUGGAAGUGACCGACGGCGAUACCUUCGACCCGAUUUACAAACUAUUUAGAAAGUUAGGUCGAAAUCCAAACAACAAGGAGUUGUUUGGUCACAGACUGAGACAGAUUCGACGACGGACAAGUAAGGAAGACUACCUUAAAGCUUGCAACAAUUCCAGUUCACUUUAA